ACCAGACUGAGGAAGUAAAAACAACCCACUUCAAACCCCAUUUCCAACACAACUUUGGCGGCUUUUUUUGCCGUCUUCUUCCCCAUCAUCUCCCUCUUCUCAUUGUGCUCCAAUUUUCUUAAGAUUCCGAUUCAAGUAUCUUAUUUUACACUCUAAGGAUUAGGUACACUUAGCUCAUAUUCAAUUCAGUCUCAGAAAUUAAAAUUAAUUAAUCACAUUCUGCUCCUCUUUCUUAAUUUGUCUUUUUCGUUAAUAAGAUUCCCUCAUUACCUCGUAUAUAUCAUUCAAUUAACCAAAUUCAGAUCUUGAGGUCAGUCUCCCGUUGCUAGUUUUGUUCGUAAUUGCUUCAAUUGUUUCUUUCAUGUAAUUAGUUUGAAUUUUUUCUGGGAAAUAUCAGUUGGUUGUGAUUAAUUAGUAUCUCAAGUUUUCCAUCAUAUCAAAUUGAUUUUUGUAUGUGGGUGGAAGAUUUUGGUAACUGGGUCUUAUCUUUAAGUUUGAAUUAAAGAGAUCACCUGGAAGUAGCGUAAACGAAAAGUGACCCUUUUAAGAUAAAUAGUGAGACAUUCUUAGGGUAAGACGGUCUCAUCAGAGAAUUUCGAUGUAAUAUAAACGAAGGAAAUUACAUAUUUUUAGGGCUUUUGGGAAUAUAUUUUUAGGGCUUUUGGGAAUAUGAUGUUGGUAAUGCAAAAGAGGGGUUGUUCUUGGUUACUUAUAGUUGCAAUUGGGUCAGUGGUGGUGUUGGUAUCUUUAGUUCAACUCUCUUUGUUACCUUGGAGACCUACAUUAGAGUAUUUUAGCAUAAAACAAGUUCAAACAACUUGUAUUCCACUAAAAAGAUCAACCAAAGGAACAGACAUAAAUCAACAGGAUGUUGAAGCCUCCAGACCUGGGUUCGACUUAACCAGUCGAUUUCCUGCUGAUGUGCACAAGGCAGUUGUUUAUCGUAGUGCUCCUUGGAAGGCUAAGAUUGGGCAGUGGCUGUCCGGUUGUGAUUCAGUUGUUAAAGAAAUAAACAUCACUGAGAAUAUCAGCGGAAAGGUCUGUGAGAGUAAUUGCAGUGGCCGAGGGGUAUGUGAUCAUGAACUUGGACAGUGUCGAUGCUUUCACGGAUAUAGUGGCAAACAUUGUUCAGAAACACUGUAUCUGGCUUGCAACUAUCCAGUAACUCCUGAUUUACCCUAUGGUAGAUUUGUUGUCUCGAUUUGCCCUGGUGAGUGCGAUACAACAAGAGCUAUGUGCUUUUGUGGAGAAGGUACAAAGUAUCCGUAUCGUCCUGUGGCUGAGCAAUGUGGCUUUAAGUUCAAUAUCAGUGCUGAACCUCUAUUGACUGACUGGGGCAAACCUGAUUUGGAUGUAUUCACUACAAAUAGUAGCGUGCCAGGCUGGUGCAAUGUAGACCCAGAAGAUGCAUAUACUGGCAAGGCGAAAUUCAAACCGGAAUGCCAUUGUAAAUAUGAUGGACGAAUUGGACAGUUUUGCGAAAUACCUGUUAUUACCACCUGCAUUAAUCAAUGUUCUGGCCAUGGUUAUUGCCGUAGUGGAUUUUGUCAGUGUCAUGAAGGCUGGUAUGGAGCUGAUUGCAGUAUCCCAUCUAUUUUCCUGUCCACAAGUGAGUGGCCUCAGUGGCUACAUCCAGCUCACGUUGAUCUGCCAGGUUAUGCACAUGCUGCUAGAAGCGUUGACGCUCUUGGUGCUGCUACUGUAGUUACAAAGAAAAGGCCCCUGAUAUAUGUUUAUGAAUUACCCCCAGAGUUCAAUAGUCUUCUCCUUGAGGGACGCCAUUUCAAGCUUCACUGUGUAAACAGGCUCUAUGAUGAUAAAAAUGCUACUGUCUGGCUAGAACAGCUCUAUGGGGCACAGAUGGCAAUCUAUGAAAGUCUUUUAGCUAGUCCGUAUAGAACAUUAAACGGUGAAGAAGCAAAUUUCUUCUUUGUUCCUGUUCUUGAUUCAUGCAUAAUUACUCGUGCUGAUGACGCUCCUCACCUGAACAUGCGGGAGCAUGCGGGCUUGAGGAGUUCCUUUACUUUGGAGUUCUAUAAAAAGGCAUAUCAUCACAUUGUAAAGCAGUAUCCUUAUUGGGAACGUGCAUCUGGAAAAGAUCAUAUAUGGUUUUUCUCAUGGGAUGAAGGUGCUUGCUAUGCCCCGAAGGAGAUUUGGAAUAGUAUGAUGUUGGUCCAUUGGGGCAACACAAAUUCAAAGCAUAAUUAUUCAACCACUGCCUAUUGGGCAGAUGAUUGGGAUGUUAUUUCCCCUACUAGAAGAGGCAGCCACCCCUGCUUUGACCCUAGCAAAGAUCUUGUUCUUCCCGCUUGGAAACGACCUGAUGGGAACUCCUAUAGGGCCAAACUAUGGGCAAGGCCUCGUGACCAGAGGUUGACACUUUUUUACUUCAAUGGGAAUCUAGGGCCAGCUUAUGAGAAUGGCAGGCCAGAAGCUUCAUAUAGCAUGGGUAUCAGACAAAGACUAGCUGAAGAAUUUGGUUCAAGUCCUGACAAACAUGGGAAGUUGGGUAACCAGCACCAGAAUGAUGUACUUGUGACGCCAUUUCGCUCUCAAAGAUAUCAUGAAGAAUUAGCUAGUUCUGUUUUCUGCGGGGUUCUCCCCGGUGAUGGUUGGAGUGGUAGAAUGGAAGAUAGCAUUCUCCAAGGAUGCAUUCCUGUGAUAAUUCAGGAUGGCAUCUUUCUUCCAUAUGAGAACUUCCUCAACUAUGAAAGUUUCGCUGUUCGGAUUAGUGAGGAUGAAAUUCCAAACUUGAUAAAAAUUCUAAGGGGGUAUAAUGAGACAGAGGUAGAUUAUAAGUUGGCUAAUGUCCAAAGAAUCUGGCAGAGGUUUUUGUAUCGUGAUUCUGUCUUGCGUGAGGCUGAGAGGCAGAAGUCUGCUUUCGGUCAUGUCCAUGAUUGGGCUGAAGAGAUGUUGCAAUUAACUGAAGAUGAUGCAUCUGCAACUCUUAUACAGAUUUUGCAUUACAAGUUGCACAAUGACCCAUGGAGAAAACGAUCUCUUCGUUUAAGGAGAGAUUCUGGUCUGCCACAAGAAUGCUUGAUAAAGUGCUAGUCGAUUUCGCUACUCAAAACUGCUGAACACUAUACCAUGCUGAAUAAGAAAUAGCUGAAAGAUCAACAGUGAAAAGAUAUGAACAACUGCAAGUUAUUUGUUGGCUUGAAGUCUCUGAUCCUGCAACUUCCAUGCGGCGUGAAAUUGCUGUCGUUUCAUCAGGAGCACACAAAACAAAAGAAACAAAAACAAGGAAUGGGGGAAGGGGGGCUGGGGUAGUUAUUCUCUUGUGUACUGUAUGUAUUGUAGCUAGAGCUGUAACAUGUAGGAAGCACAUUUAUACUAUUAGGUUUUUUGAUAGAAUCAUUUGUACAAUAUUUUGUAGCCAAGUUUUUUUUUUCUUUUUUCUUUUGACGAGUUGUAGCUAAGUUGAUGAUUUUACUACUCACAAGUCACAAGUUUAUAGUCUCACAAUGUAUUAAAGAUAGGAGUAAUCUUUCUUGACUCUAGUGACAAUAAAUCAUUUGGAAAAAAAUAUUUAUUUGAUA